GAACGUAAACAAAACUUCAAAUAUGAAUAUAGAAAAUGACCUUGACAUCUAAAACGAUAUUACACAGUCAUAUGUGCGCCUCUUUUCGAUUAGAUGUCCACUUCACACAGCGCGCAACCAAAGAAAAUAACGCCUACGCGAUAAGGAAAAUGCUUUAUUUUUAUUUUUUACUUUUUCUCUAAGUAGACAAAUUAUGGUAAAUAUAGAAAUAAGGACUUAUAUGCUUUCCAGCAUACAAAAAUCCUCCGCCUCACUUUUGUCUAUAAAGGUAACAUGAGAGCAAACACACAUUGGGCAGAUCAAGAUUUCAAACAUAGCGGAAAGUCAACACCAUUAUGAAACCCAUACAGAAUUAUCCUCUUCUUCUCCUUGUUCAUGUUCUCUUGCUCUCCUUGCUUCCAUUGAAGACAGCAGCAUCUGCAAGAACCCAAGCUGAAGCUCUUGUCCAAUGGAAGAAGAGCUUGUCUUCUCCACCAGCUUCACUAAAUUCAUGGUCCCUUACCAAUCUCAACAACCUCUGCAACUGGUCUUCCAUCGUCUGUGACAACUCCACCGCAACAGUCUCCCAAAUAGACCUCUCCAACCUCAAUGUCACCGGAACUCUAACCCACUUCAAUUUCACUCCGUUUCUUAAUCUCACCGUCUUUAACCUCAACAACAACACUCUCAGCGGCCCAAUACCCGCAGCCAUUGGAAACCUGUCCAAGCUCACUUUGUUGGACAUUGGCAACAACUUUUUGGGAGGUGAAAUACCUUUGGAGAUAAGCAGGUUAACGGAGCUUCGCUAUCUUAGUUUCCACAACAACAAUCUCAAUGGUACCAUUCCCUAUCAGCUCAGCGAUCUCCAAAAGGUAUGGUACUUGGACCUUGGAUCAAACUACUUAGAAUCCCCUGACUGGUCGAAAUUUUCAUCCAUGCCAUUGUUGACCUACCUUGAUCUUUAUCUCAACAGUCUUGAUUCAGAAUUCCCAGAUUUCAUAUCAGAUAGUGGGAACUUGACGUUCCUAGACUUGUCCCAGAAUCAGGAAUUGACCGGCCAAAUACCAGAAUGGGUAUUUAGCAAUCUGGGCAAGCUUGAAAAUCUCAAUCUCACAAAUUGCCAGUUCAGGGGACCCUUGUCAUCAAACAUCUCCAAACUUUCGAAUCUCAUAAAUCUCAAUCUGGCAAACAACUACUUCUCUGGAACAAUUCCUGAAGACAUUGGCUUUUUACCUAAACUUGAACUUCUUGAUUUCUUCAACAAUUCCUUUCAAGGUAAAAUUCCUUCCUCCAUAAGCCAACUCAAGGGGCUUUCCCACCUGGAUCUCCGGCAAAAUUUGCUUAACUCAACAAUCCCUCGUGAGCUUGGUUCUUGUACUAAACUCACCUACUUAGCCUUAGCUCUGAAUCAUCUCAGUGGGGAGCUUCCUCCGUCCCUGUCCAACAUCAAAAAUAUUGUCAAGUUGGGUUUAUCUGAUAAUUUUUUUUCUGGCACAAUUUCCCCUGAUCUCAUCUCCAACUGGACUCAACUGGACUCCCUGCAACUUCAAAACAAUAACUUUAGUGGGGAAAUUCCGCCGGAGAUUGGCUUGUUGGAAAAUCUUACUCUCCUUUAUCUGUACAAUAAUAGCUUAUCUGGCCCAAUUCCCCAUCAGAUAGAAAACAUGAAAGCCCUGAAAGAAUUAGACCUCUCGGGAAACCAUCUCUCUGGUCCAAUACCUCUCACUCUGUAUAGUCUCACAAACCUUGAAUACAUCCAACUUUUCUACAACAACCUCAUUGGGACAAUACCGCCGGAGAUUGGAAACAUGACGUCCCUGGUUAGUUUCGAUGUCAACACCAAUGAAUUGUCCGGUGAGUUGCCGGAUACCAUUUCUAGCCUCAGUAAGUUGGUGGGAUUCUCUGUGUUCACCAAUAAUUUCAGUGGAACAAUUCCAAGAGAUUUUGGAAAGAACAGUCCUGGUUUGGUUACAGUUAGCUUUUCAAACAACAGUUUCUCCGGAGAACUGCCGCCAGAACUAUGCAGCGGCUAUGCGCUUGAGGUUCUCACAGUGAAUAACAACAGUUUUAGAGGGCAAUUGCCUGAGUGCUUGAGAAAUUGUUCUGGAUUAAGAAGAGCACGUCUCGAUAAGAACAAACUCACAGGCAACAUUACUGAUGCAUUUGGAGUUUAUCCAAGUCUAGAAUUCGUUUCUCUAAGUGAAAACCAGUUCGUGGGUGAAAUAUCAGCCAAGUGGGGUGAAUGUCAUAAUCUCACAAACUUGCAGAUGGAUCGGAAUAAAAUUUCAGGGCAUAUCCCACCUGAGCUUGGAAAGCUGCGUCAGUUAGAACGUCUGACCCUGGACUCCAAUGGAUUGACUGGUGAAAUUCCACCAGAACUGGGGAAUCUAGAGCGGCUAUUCCAUCUCAAUCUCAGCCACAACCAUUUGUCGGGCGAAAUCCCACAGAAUAUAAGCAAGCUGACUGCUUUAGAAUUGCUUGAUUUAUCAGCAAACAAAUUUUCCAACAGCAUUCCAAAAGUGCUCGAAAAUUGUGAGAAACUAUCAAGCCUGAACCUAAGCCACAACAAUCUCUCAGGCGAAAUACCGUCCGAGCUCGGCAACUUGGUUUCCUUGCAAGCUGUGUUGGAUCUCAGCAGCAAUUUGCUAUCAGGGCAAAUCCCGUCAAACUUCUUCAAGCUUAAAGCCUUGGAAAUUCUGAAUCUUUCUAAUAACCAUCUCUCGGGUCAGAUUCCUUCAUCGCUUUCCGAAAUGUCUAGUCUGCAAUCGGCAGAUUUUUCCCACAACAACUUGAGCGGUCCAAUUCCAACCGAUGGAAGCUUUUUCCAAAACCCUCCUGCAAAUGCUUUUGUUGGAAACUCUGGUUUGUGUGGAAAUGUAUCUUGGUUGACUCCAUGUGCAUUAUUGUCCAACAAAAAAUCCAACAAAAGUACCAGGAAGAUUCUGAUCGGAGUCCUCGUUCCCACAUGUACUCUAUUAGUGUUUGCCACUGUGUUCUGCAUAAUUUUUAUGAAUCGAAAAUCCAAGUUCCAAGACGAAGAAAUCAAAAGUCUCAAAGAUAUGGAGAAAUCGGAAUCCAUGAUAUGGGAAAAAGAAGCGAAAUUCACAUUCCUUGAAAUCCUGAAAGCCACCGAGGAGUUCAACUCCAACUACUGCAUCGGAAAAGGAGGGUUCGGUGUAGUCUACAAAGCGGUUUUGUCUUCCGGUCUCGCUGUUGCAGUGAAGCGUCUGAAUAUGGAAGACUCGGCCGAUAUUCCCGCGAUAAACCGGCAAAGUUUCGAGAACGAGAUAAGAACUCUGACGGAAGUCCGGCACCGGAAUAUCAUAAAGCUAUAUGGGUUUUGCUCCAGGAGGGGUUGUAUGUACUUGGUAUACGAAUACUUAGAGAGAGGAAGCUUGGGUAAAGUAUUGUACGGUUUGGAUAAUAAGGUAGAAGAUCAUCUGGGUUGGGAAAAAAGGAUCAGAAUCGUGCAAGGACUCGCUCACGCGCUGGCCUAUUUGCACCAUGACUGUUUGCCUCCGAUCGUUCACCGGGAUGUUUCUCUGAACAAUAUAUUGCUGGGAUCGGAUUUCGAGCCACGGCUUUCGGAUUUCGGAACGGCGAAACUAUUGAAUCCCAACUCAUCCAACUGGACCAACGUUGCUGGGUCGUACGGUUACAUGGCCCCAGAGUUAGCACAAACAAUGAGAGUGACGGACAAAUGCGAUGUAUAUAGUUUUGGAGUGGUGGCAUUGGAAAUAAUGAUGGGAAAACAUCCUGGUGAAAUACUUGCGUCAUUAUGGUCGGUUUCGUCUAAAACAUUAGCGGAAGAUAAGAAUGUUGAAUUGCUUUUGAAAGAUGUUAUAGACCAGAGGCUGUCUGCACCUAAUGGUGAAUUGGCUGAAGCUGUGGUUUUUUUGGUUCAAGUAGCUUUGACUUGCACUCGGACUAAUCCUGAGUCAAGGCCCACAAUGCGCCAUGUAGCUCAAGAAUUAUCUGCUCGGACUCAGCCUUACUUGCCCCAGCCAUUUUCCACCAUUUCACUGCAAAAGCUAACUGGUCUUAGUAAAUAGAACAGCAAAAUGGUGGCUCACAGCUGAAUCCUCAGUUUCCGUCAUUUUUCGAAUAAAUUGUGUAAGAGCCCUCGAGAUUGACCGGGUCUAAGUUUGACUGGGAACCAAUUGAUUUUCAUGCUUAUUUAUUAAAGUAUUUAUUAUUAUUAUUAUUA